CUGAGGAUCUGGAUCCUGUUUAAUACGAAAAGCUUACACCCCUACACGGGUUACAAAAACCCAAACUAGUCUCAAAUAUUCCAUGGCCUAUUCAUCUGGUACAAAGAAGACAACAUCUACAUACAGCGGGUGCGGCGACGACACGGCUGAGUGCAGGCCUGCAGUCGCUGUACAAGUUGCUUGCAUGCAGCAGACAGUGACACCUGUGUCACACCUGUGUCUACCUGUGUCUACCUGUGUCUACCUGCCUACCUCAGGUGAACGGCAAGCUGCCUGUGCAGCGUGUGACAAAGACUGGCACUGUGUGGAUGGUGCAGGAGUAGCACUCAAGGAAGACGUGUCUUCAGUGACACCACAAGGAAGUUGUGCUGAUACCGGUGGAGGUGCCUGCUACAACAGUCUGACGAUGGACGCACUGAUGGCAGCAUGUCUCCUGAUGGCCUCAGCAGUGCCAGUGCCAGUGUCAGGUAGCACACUGUGUGUGUUCAAGGUGUCACUGCAGGACCCUCCUGGCAACCUGUCCUACACUGAGAAGCGCUGGUGUCAAUACGGGUGUUGCCAUGACGACUGCUGCUUAUAUUCAGUGGCCCUGGUGUUGUGGUCGCUGGUGGGAGUGGUGCUUGGUGUGGUCCUCACGGUGUCGGUGAUCAGCUCGGCCGUCGUCUACUGUUACAGGAGACACCGCCAGCAGAUGGCGCUCACCCAGUAUGGCCGCUGUGUGGAGUCGGAGUAAACCACCACAGGUAGCCCUGGUCCUGAUCAUCUCUCUCUGACGGGGAGGACCUCACGAACAGCUUGAACAACUGUCACAACAACCUCUACUCAGUUUAAUUCAACUCAUCUCACCAACUUCAGCAUCAGUGUCAACAUCAUCAAACAGAACCUCAACCUUGUCACCACAACCAUUCAACCUGACCCUCAGUCUCAACAUGGUAUGAAAACCUGACCUCAGCAAACUCAGUCUCGUCAUCUGUGAUGGUAAUCUCAUCAUCAAACUCAGUCUCAUCAUCUGUGAUGAUAAUCUCAUCAUCAACCUCAGCCUCACACUUGCCUGAUUAGCUAAGCCUCACCAAGCUCUUAGCCUUAUAAUCAACAUUAAUUUUAAAUUUUUUCAUGCAACUCUGCAAUUACUUUCGUACCAGAUAGAAAAUGACAAACAAACAUCUUAAUUUAAUAAAUAAAGACAUUACAAACAUCUCAGACAAACAAAAAGAUUUCCUGUUACACAGACAGGACUACAAGACCCUCUUUAAAAAUAAAAGUCGUUCCUGUCGCUUUCGACGAAAGUUCUAGGUCUUCCAGCAGGAAGGAACACCCACAUAACAUACAACAGAAGUAGAGUGUGUAGAACACAACACGUGACAGAAGUAGAGUGUGUAGUACACAACACGUGACAGAAGUAAAGUCUGUAGAACACAACAUGUGACAGAAGUAGAGUGUGUAGAACACAACACGUGACAGAAGUAGAGUGUGUAGAACACAACACGUGACAGAAGUAGAGUGUGUAGUACACAACACGUGACAGAAGUAGAGUGUGUAGAACACAACACGUGA